GGACCGGGAGGGAAGAAGAUUGAUUGGGCAGUGGGCGGGCGCUAUAUGAUAGGGAUACGGUGUUCACUCAUCUGUGCUAUCAAAGGGAUACGAAGUUGAUGUUUGCCGCCUCCUUCCGUACGCUACUGAGAAAGCUCAACUCCAUUUUGUGCGUCCCAGUUCCAUUUCCCUUCCGUAUAAACGACCGCUACCUCCCUUCUAGUUUUAGCUGCCUUUUGAACUCCUGUUCUUCUCUCUCAGACCUUGAACGAAUCCACGCUCUCAUCCUCGUAAAUGGGUCCCACCGUAACCUUCUAUUGUCGACCAAACUCAUCACCUUGGCCUCUUCUUUAGCUCCUUCGAUGGACUAUGCCCGCAAACUGUUUGAUUUAAUGCCUGACAGGGAUGUGUUCAUCUGGAACACCGUGAUUCGGGGUUAUGCUACUCUGGGUCCUUGUGAAGAUGCCAUAGAUUUAUUCAGAGUCAUGCAUCAAGCUGGAAUGUUGCCCGACAGCUAUACUUUUCCUGCCGUUGUUCGAUCUUGUGCUGUCCUCUCAGCUCUGAGGGUAGGGCGACAAGUCCACUGUAACAUAAUUAAGACUGGGUUUACUUUGGAUGUUUUUACGCAGAGUUCUUUGGUUACAAUGUACUCUCAGAGUGGUGAAAUUUUGUGUUCCGAAUUAGUUUUUGGUGAAAUCGAGGUCAGGAACAUAGUUUCUUGGACUUCAAUGAUUGCGGGAUAUGUACAAAAUGGAUUUUUUCAACGAGGCUUGGGUACUUUUCAACAGAUGGUAGCACUAGGGACUCAACCGAAUGCAGUUACACUUGUGAGUAUUCUUCCUGCCUGUGCUCAUUUGGAGUUUUUGACCUUGGGAAAGUUGAUUCAUGGUUAUGCUGUUAAAUUGGGGGUGGAUUCUAUUAUUUCACUAGUUAACGCUCUGAUUGCUUUGUAUGGUAAAUGUGGAAAUGUUGAUACUGCCAGAUCUUUGUUCGGUAAGAUGUCAGUCCGAAACCUGGUGUCAUGGAAUGUCAUGAUUGCUGCUUAUGAGCAGAACAAUGAUGGUGAAAAUGCUAUUAAGCUCUUCCGCAGAAUGCAAGCUGAAAAGGUAGAAUUUGAUUACAUCACUAUAGUUAGUGUUAUAUCAGCUUGUGCUAAUCUGGGUUCACUCAAUAACGGGAAAUGGAUACAUAAUAUUGUGAGAAGCAAAGGUCUUGAAACCAACAGUUCGAUUGCAAAUGCUUUAAUUGACAUGUAUGCAAAAUCUGGUAACCUGGAUUUGGCGAGGGAUGCUUUCAAUAGGUUGCCAUAUAAAAGUGUUGUGUCAUGGACUUCAAUUAUAGGAGCUUGUGCAUCCCAUGGGCAUGCGGAUGAAGCUCUGGAUCUCUUCUCAGAGAUGAAAAAAGAAGAAGUAAGGCCAAAUAGUUUUACCUUCAUUGCUGUCUUGACAGCUUGUAGACAUUCUGGUUUAGUAGAAGAAGGAAGGAAUCACUUUGAGAGCAUGACAAAAGAGUACUCAAUAAUGCCUCGUUUGGAGCACUGUGCUUGUGUAGUGGAUCUUCUUGGUCGAGUAGGCCAACUUGUGGAGGCUUUUGAGUUUAUUGAGAGCAUGCCAGUUGAACCAGAUGCUAGUGUUUGGGGAGCUCUACUCAGUGCUUGCAGAAUCCAUGGUAAUGUUGAGUUAGCUGAGCUUGUUGCUGAAAGAUGGUAUCAAUUUGAUCCACAAACGGUUAGUUCCUGUGUCCUUAUGGCAAAUAUCUAUGCUGAAGCUGGUAAGUGGGAUGAUGUAACUAGACUGAGAGAGUUAAUGGAAGAGAAAGAGUUGAAAAAGAUUCCUGGCCAUAGUGUGGUGGAGGUAAAUCGAAGAUUUCAUACAUUUUUAUCAGGUUCAAAAUCACAGCGUCCCUAAGGGGCAUAUUUAAUCGCAUUAAUCUCAAGAACUGUAGUUCAUGCUUCAUAAUCACGGUAUUCCUAAUAGCAUAUUAGAUUGCGUUAGUCUCAAACAGUGCACUUCAAGCAUUGCUCAAUGCUAAUAUGCUUGUAUUAUGCUAGAAGCACUCUUGUCCUGGAAAAAAUAAAAUAAGAAUUCUCCUUUGCAUUGUGUGGGAAGAUUGGAAAGUUGCUCGCCAAAAAGAUUGACCUAGCUUAGUGGAUUGACGUAUUAUACUCUACAUGAGAAUUGAGAAGGAUGUCAAAGGAAUGUUAUUCUGAUGGUCAUGUUUUUUGAGAAUAUAUAUAUAUUGGAGGGGGGAAAUUCCAGUUGCUGGUGGCAAAAUUCUUGAAGUGGCAAUAGCCAGUAAACUGUCAAACAAGUGGGGAUUUCUAAGUUUUUGUCUUAACAAUGAUUCUCUGUACCUGUAUCACUGAAUAACAUCAGAAAGUUGCUACCUCA